AUGUGCACCACCCUCCUCCUGCUCAGCACCUUGGCUAUGCUCUGGCGCCGACGAUUUGCCAACCGGGUCCAACCAGAGCCCGGCGAAGUGGAUGGGGCAGCCCUGGGCAGCAGCCCAGAAGCAGACACCCGGUCCCCCGGCAGGGAGAAGCCUGUGGAGUAA